AGCACCAUCGACCUGUAUCUACCAGGACUGCUGUCAUCUGAUUACAUCAGUUGGAAAAAUGGCGUUCGGCGAUUAUCCUGCUGACUACAAUCCAAAAGUCCACGGACCUUAUGAUCCGGCCCGUUUUUACGGAAAACCGGACACCCCUUUUGGCCAGGUGAAACUGAACCAAUUGGGAGAAUGGUUCGGCCGUAGGAACAAGACCCCAUCUGCCAUUGCAGGCACCUUCAGCCGUGCCUACUGGAGAUGGCAACACAAGUACUUGCAACCGAAGAGGGCUGGAAUUGCUCCAUUCUUUCAAUUCAUCACUGCAUCCAUGGUCUUCUUCUAUGCCAUCAACUAUUCCAAAUUGAAGAAGCACAGGAACUACAAAUACCACUAAUCUACUGGAAAAGGUUAACUAAAUUCUCUGUAGUUACAAGUUCUAGUACAGAAUACAUAUUUGAAUGAAGUAAAACACUGUCUGUUGCUAAAUAAAGUAAUCCAAAACACA